AUGUAUCAACCACAACGGAAUGGGUUUCCGAUGGACUUCCACCCACAACAAUGGCAGCAACAACAAAGCCAGCCUGAACCACCACCAGCAAAUCCUUAUCAUCAUCAUCAUCAUCUUGGACAAUCCAACAAAUCGUUAUUAUUCAAUCAUCAGUCAUCAGAGAUGGCAGCCAGCUCAACAUCAGAUCAGUCAUCUACAGAAGAUAUCUCAUCUAAAAGAAAGCAAAGUUUAGAACGAAACCGUCUUGCUGCUUACCGCUGCAGAGAGAGAAAGAAGCAUGAGCAGCAACAGAUGAUUGAGCAAGCCGAUUUUCUUUCAGUACAGAAUGAAUCACUCAACAUAAUGGUGGGUAAUUUAAGAAAUGAAGUGAUCGCAUUGAGAGAACUGCUCUUGGCUCAUGAUUCCUGUCACUGUGAAGGCGUUCAAGCUUUCAUACGACGCACAAGCUCAACAUUGUAA